UCUCAGUCACACCUGUCAGGUGUUUGGAAAAUGUGCCUGACAUUAGCAAUGGCCUACAGCAGCUUUAACUCACGCUGAAGAUCUGCGAAAACCUCUGAGAAAUGAGCAGUUCCUCUGACUGUACUUGAUCCUCCACCUCUUCAUCAUCCCACAGAACUCAGUCAUGUUCUGCAACAACAUCAGCACAGUCGUCCUGACCAGACCUGAGCACUAAAGCUGACUCUGAAAGGGCUAUAGAGACUAAAUAUGUGCAUUAUAUUAUAGUGUUUUCUCGUGUGUAGCUUCUAUAACAGAUACGAACCGCAGCGGCUCUCAGGAGCGCGAGAGGACAGCAGAAGAGGAACAGCGCGAGCGAACCCGGCCACUGAUUCACAUCCAUUCACUCGAACCUCUCUGAACGGAACAACGAACCAAAGUUUCAGAGUGACAGAAAUCACUUUCGUUUUCUUCACUUCCACUUUCCGCAUCAGAGCAGAUCUGAGAUCAGUCAGGUUCUGCCCAUAUUAACGCUGAACAGCAGUCUGAAUGGAAGCAGCAGAGGAAGACGGUUCUGAUGUGUCUGGAGAGAUUCCUUCAUCAGACUCUCUCUGGUCAGACUCACACACUCUCCGGUCAGACUCAGACUCACACACUCUCCGGUCAGACUCACACGCUCUCCGGUCAGACUCAGACUCACACACUCUCCGGUCAGACUCAGACUCACACACUCUCCGGUCAGACUCACACACUCUCCGGUCAGACUCACACACUCUCCGGUCAGACUCAGACUCACACACUCUCCGGUCAGACUCAGACACUCUCCGGUCAGACUCAGACUCACACACUCUCCGGUCAGACUCAGACUCACACACUCUCCGGUCAGACUCACACACUCUCCGGUCAGACUCACACACUCUCCGGUCAGACUCACACACUCUCCGGUCAGACUCAGACUCACACACUCUCCGGUCAGACUCAGACUCACACACUCUCCGGUCAGACUCAGACUCACACACUCUCCGGUCAGACUCAGACUCACACGCUCUCCGGUCAGACUCAGACUCACACGCUCUCCGGUCAGACUCAGACUCACACGCUCUCCGGUCAGACUCAGACUCACACACUCUCCGGUCAGACUCACACACUCUCCGGUCAGACUCAGACUCACACACUCUCCGGUCAGACUCACACACUCUCCGGUCAGACUCACACACUCUCCGGUCAGACUCAGACUCACACGCUCUCCGGUCAGACUCAGACUCACACGCUCUCCGGUCAGACUCAGACUCACACACUCUCCGGUCAGACUCAGACUCACACACUCUCCGGUCAGACUCACACACUCUUUGAUCAGACUCUGACUCUCUCUGAGGCUGAUGGAGUCUGGAUGCGGUUUGAGCAGAUGCGGCAGCACCAGAGCGUCUCUCACACACACUCACAGCCGCUCAUGGUUCUGCUGGACGAUAACUUCUACUACCAGAGCAUGAGAUACCAGAUCCAGCAGCUGGCCAGGAAGUACGGCGUGGGUUUCUGUCAGGUGUUUCUCCAGUGUCCGCUGCACGUGUGUCUCCAGAGGAACCGGUGCAGAUCUCAGCCUGUUCCUGAUGACGUUCUGCUGCAGAUGUGUGAGCGAAUGGAGCCUCCGAACGAGAUCAGAAACCCCUGGGAGCAGCAGAGCCUGACACUGGACAGCACAGACCGCAUCGCAGACGGACACAUACAGAAGCUGGUGGACAUGCUGGCGUCUGCGCUGGAAAACCCUCUGAGCCCCGUCCAGGACGAGUCGCAGCAGAAGGUCGCAGUCGUUCAGGCUUUAUUCACAUAAAUCAGAUUCAUCAUAAGAUCUGACCACAGCUUUGCUUUGCUGCAUUUACACAAACAGUCACCAUUAAACACAGUGAAGGAUUCAGACGCAAAAACUCCUAU